AUGGCUUCCUCACCCCCAGCACCAUUUCCAGCCAGUCUACCUAAUCCAAAGAAGCGGCCAUCGAUAUCCUCACAGGUUUCUGCCGCAAACAAACGUCCAAAACUCCACCCUCUGCGACAGACCUCGUUCCCAGCAAAUAUCGAUGGUAAUGCCUACGCCUCAGCUGUCGAUAGCGCACGUUCGGAGACAGGAAGUGUGGCUAAUAGCACGUUCUCCAGGAUGAGCACAUCCAAAGCACAACCUCGUGGCCGAGGCAGACCUAGAAAGUCCCUACAAGUCACAGAAGAGGAUGCGCAGAGCGCUCGAGACGGCACAGGCACGACUGGCAAAGCAUCGCAAGCCAAAUCUGUGGUGUCUACUGCAAAAUCGGGACUUGACGCGGAAGACGAAGCUGAUGAGGAAGACGAGGAAGAGCUUGGAGAGCAUGGCCACGAGGAUGAAGCACGAGAAGGCGAGCACGAGCAAGAAGAGAGGAAGCUCAGCACUUUCCUCGGGCAAUUGACUGCUGCUCAAGGCGAACGCUAUGCAAACCUCCGCAGCAGUAAAUUCAAAGAUUCGGCGCUGAAGAGAAUAGUCAAUCAGACGGUGAGCCAAAGUGUGGCUCAAACAGCCAUUAGUGCUGUGCAAUUCGCUACAAAGGCUUUUGCUAUAGAGAUUAUCGAGCGAGCUCGAGAGGUGCAAGACGAGUGUGCGAAAGCUGCGGAUGUCGGUAUUGCGCUAGAGAAGCAUGCUCGGAGAACGAGAUUGGAAGAAAAGCAGAAAGCCCUAGCUGACAGAGAAAAGGCUGAAAGCGAAAAGGAACCAGCUGCUGCCAUUCCCGAGCAAGAGAGACGCGCACUUCAACUUGAGAUCCUUAGGCUGAGCAAGGACGCUGAAAAGUACAUUCCAAAUAAACACAGAGGAGGACUGUUACCUGACCACCUGCGCGAAGCGCUGCGACGGUACAAGAAUGAUGGCGAUGGCAAUGGUUUUGGAUUUGGCGGACUUAGCCAUCCAUUGUUGGGCAUUCGAGGUUCAAAUGCCUGGAGGGUCGGCGAUGGUGCGACAGGACAAAGACUAUUUCGUUGA